AUCUGUCAAAUAACGUGGUAAUCAGGAACUCGACGAAAAGUUCAAAAGUUGUGAAAACUCGGGAAAAAUGUGAAAUAAGUGCAUGUUUAAGUGAAUAAACCGCGAAAAUGAUUGUAUACUAGCAGUAAAACCCCAGGAAAUAUGGAUUCUCUAUCCGCAGAUCUAGCUAUCCAGGCGAUUUUGGGUCGAGGAGCGGACUUCGUGGGCGGCAUCGACAACGAGGCCCUGGACUUUUCCCAGCUGGAGGACUUCAUCAACAGCGAGGGGUCCCAGGGCAACGGCACCUACUUCGGGGAGUCCCUGAAUACCACCACGGCCGCCUCGGGAAAGCUCCUCAACGUCAUCGUCGAGAACAAACGAAACGCAAAUGGCCACUCCUUACCCGAGAGCCCGCCAGACAGCAGCUCGGAGCACCCGUACAGCCCCCAGGACGGCUGCGAGGCCCCCAUAGCAGCUCCGGAGUCGAUAUACACGAAUCUCACGCAAGGCAUCUACAAACCCGCCAUCCUCAGCCCCAUCCUGACCGACAACCUGAUACUGGGCUCCCACAUCGUCGUCACGGACCAGUCCAGCGACCAGCAGAUCCUCGACAACGGGAACAUCCUCCAGGAUAACCGGCUUCUCGUAGGGGGAAACGGUACUACGAUCUUAAGCAACAGGAUUAUCCAAGAUGACCCAGGGAUCCUCCAGGAUAGGAUGAUUUUACCCGAAAAUAACGUUGCUGACAAUACUCGGCAGAUAAUACUGCCCGCCACGGAACCCGCACAGAAUUUCGACAGGGGCAUUUAUAAGAACGAGGACUACGAAAAAAACAUGGUGCACCUCGGCUACAAUCACAACAUAGAGAAUUUGCAGAGGGCGAACAUGGAAAAUAAUAUAUGCGAGCAGAGCUUGGAGAGCAUCCCGGGGGUUUACACGAACCUGCAGUCUGCUUCCAAGAAGAGGAAGCUGUCGCAGGACUCGCCUUUGGUGAAGAGUGAGCCAGAGAAUUGCGCUACAAGCCAACUGAGCCCGUCCGAACAAUUAACUACGUCUAUAGACGAAGAGUACGCUUCGUCCGAGGCCUGCCUCUCGGAAUCCCAGUACCAGUGUAUUAGAUUUAGUGCCUUCCAACAGACGAACUGGCACUCGUUGUGCGAUCAGAACUUUACGGAAUUGCCCGUGCCGCACUACAGGGUGGACGCCGACAAGGGGUUUAAUUUUUCCAACGCGGACGACGCCUUUGUUUGCCAGAAGAAGAACCACUUUCAGAUUACUUGCCAUGUACAGUUGCUGGGCGAAGCUCAGUUUGUUAAAACUCCCGAGGGUUUCCAGAAGAUAUCCAGCUUCCACCUGCAUUUUUACGGUGUCAAACACGACUGCCCCACGCAGACGAUAAGGGUGGAACAGAGCCAGAGCGAUAGGAGUAAAAAGCCUUUCCAUCCUGUAUUGGUAGAACUGGUAAAUUCGCAAGUUACCAAAGUGACGGUUGGUAGGCUGCAUUUCAGCGAGACCACCUCGAAUAACAUGAGAAAAAAGGGCAAGCCGAACCCGGAACAGAGAUAUUUCCAGCUUGUUGUGGGACUUCACGCUCACACGACGAACGGAAAUUUCCCCGUCAUAAGCCAUGCGAGUCAGAAAAUCAUCGUUAGGGCCUCCAACCCGGGACAGUUUGAGAGCGACGUGGAACUGUGCUGGCAGAAAGGACAAACUCAGGACUCGAUUGUGCACAACGGUAGGGUGGGAAUAAACACCGACAGGCCGGACGAGUCGCUCGUCGUCCACGGGAAUAUAAAAAUAACGGGGCACAUCAUCCAACCGAGCGACAUCAGGGCGAAGAAGAACAUCGUGGAGUGCAAUACCGCCGAGCAGCUGAAAAACGUACAAAAAUUGCGGGUCGUCAGGUACGAAUACGAGCCGGCGUUGGCGUCUCAGCUGAGUAGAGGCGAUCAGUGUACCGAUACGGGGGUCAUAGCCCAGGAAGUGGCUCAGGUGCUUCCGGAAGCCGUUAAACCCGCUGGGAACCUCCUCUUGGAGAACGGGAUUUCGAUAGAGAAUUUCUUAGUUGUAAAUAAGGAAAGGAUAUUCAUGGAAAACAUAGGGGCCGUGAAGGAGCUGUGCAAAGUAACGGAUAAUCUAGAGACAAGGAUAGACCAGUUGGAGCGAAUAAACCGAAGGUUGAACAGGUUGAAGAGGGGUGACAGCCUCAAAUCUACGAGCACUGUUAACAGUUCCAAACUGUCCUACUCGCACAAGUGUUCCAAACACCACCACUCCUGUCAGAAGGAAGAGGAACUCUGCUCAAAUAAACUAAUACAAAUCGUUAUAGUUGUUUUGGUACUAAUCAUGGCUUUUUGUUUAGCCGCCAUCACCACACUGUACCUGAUGGAAGCCGCCCGACACUCCCAGUACAUGCAGGCCAACAUCGACGCGACUUACAGGAACUUCGACGAGAAAACUACAACAAAAUCCGCCAACACGAAAGUCACCUGGGCCCCCACCUUGCCUCCUUUGCAGACGACGAACUCGUACAAAGAAGACGAAAUCACGAAGAUCACCCUGGACUCGAACAUCAUGAGACGGCCCUCGUCGUUCAGCAUCGGCAGGCCAUUGGAAUGCCUCUCCGUCGAUCAGGACCUUGAUAGUACGAGUUUGUGCCAGAUAUACUGCUGCCAGAGCUUGUCCCAGAACCCGGCGCCGCAGGAGCCCACGACAUCUUUAUUUUCAGAGAAGAAACCUCCCAGCGCGAGCAGAAACAAAACGACGCCCCUGCUGAACGUGGAGAAGAACAAGAUAGCCAAACCGUUCCACUCGAACGACAUCGACAAGCAGAUCAGGCAGCGGAGGCACGCCGACGACCUGACGGAUGAGGCCAACUCGUUCGACACCGGAGUUUUAGAGGAUCAAAUUUUCACCAUAACAGUGCAGGGGCGGCACUUCAACACCACCCUGACGCACCAGUACAGGAAGUUCAGUACGAACCCGCAGUCCAACUUCUCCUACGCCGUCCCCAUCUCCAAGUACAUGCCGGACGAGUUCAUCAAUUUAAUUUUUAGGUCCAUUCAGCCGAACAUAAAAGAAAUCGAGUAUUGCGACAGCGACUAUAGGCAGUACGAGUGCAAUUUCGGUCCGAUGGGCUACGACGACAAGUCUAGGAUAAGGCACAAGGUCAACGAGAACAGUUCGAGUCAGCUGCUGAGCCUCCAGAGCGUCAUUUUCGAGGUGGACAUGGCCGAUUUCCAGUUGAAGGUGAUGACCUACAGGGCCCCCCUCCGGCAGAACCAGAACACUUGUAAAUUGUCAGCCUCGAAACUGGGACUGGACUUUAUAGAAUACAACUUUUAUUUUUUCAGAUACUGUGAUGAGUAAUACAAUUACACUUACUGCAUAACAUUUUUUUUUUCGAUUUACUGAUUAUUUUAAGAACAAAAGUGUUUUAAAAAAACAUGACAUCAUCUCUUUGUACAUUACGUUCUCUACGCAAAUACUCUUAAAUGUAUAGUCAGAGGAGGAGCUGUAUAUUUUUUUUUGUUUUAUAUAGUUAUUUUUUAAAAAGAAUAAAGUACCUAAAUAUAUCUAGAUCUGUAAUUAGGAUUUAUUAUUUAUUUUUUAAAUGUCAUCUUGCACAUACUGUAGUAUUUUAAAUUUAUUGAGAGCAAUACAAGCUAUCGAAAUUAUAGGAGGAAGUAUCGUGUAGGCCAUCGAUACACUUUUUCCUCAUGUAAUGUUAGUUCGUGAGAUACUAUAACAAAGUGUAUAGACUAAUAGGUAAAUUUAUAGAGUUUAUAUGUAUACUCCGAUUGUUUAACUGAACCAGUGAACAGCGUACUGAAGCGCGGAGAGGACCUCCGCGGUUUCCUUUUAUAAUUCUUUAUUUUAAUAAUUUGUCGGGUUAAGUAAUUUUAAUCCCAAAUACGUCACAAAUAGCGAAUUGGAAGUAAUAUAUUUUUCGUUAUGUACUUAAAACUUGUGUCCGUCCAAUCUGUGUGUAAUAUUCGAGGUAUUCUGUACAGGAGCUUUGCGGGGCAAUUUGUUUUAGUUUAAAAAAUUACAUUCCAAGAAGUAACGUUCCUUUAUACCGUCUAAAAACUUUUUAUUCGUAGAAAAAGCGUUGACCGUUUUUAGUUUACUUUUUUUUUUUAUUCGACGUCGUCAGGUUCCUGUAUGCUAGGCCUCUAUAAAGUUCGAAUAAUAUAGCAUGUAUUUUAAUAUAUAGGAUACUGUAUGUAUAAAUAAAAUACUGUAACGUUAUACAUUCCAUUUCCACAUUCAUAGCCUACUUUUUGUUUUUAUUAUAUAAUAUACAUAUAUAUUUUUAAUUCAAUGUUAUAUGAACAAUUUAGGUAUAAUGUAUAGAUAUUUAUGUAAGAUGCAAUAUUAUGAAUUUUGUUUUUGUGAUUGUGUACAAUAAACUUGUUUUCUUUU